UUUUUAAAUCAAAAUUAGUGUCUGUUCUAUUUCCCCCCCCCCCCGCCUCCGGCAAUCCGUAACCAUUUUGAGACGUACAAUCUCGGUCAGGACCUUCCCCUCUGGUAUGUUGGUCCCAGCUAACAGGAGCUUUUUGCAAAGGCCAGGCAAAGCGAGCUUCGGCCCUGCUGUGCUCUACGUGUAAAUAGCGAACCGAGAGGCACCCAGAGCUGUGCGGUCCGCUGCUACCGCGAGCGCACCGUGGGAGCUGCGGCAGAUUGGAGGGGCAACCAGCGGGAUUGGGAGGAGAGACACGGAAAAGGUGGAGAAUAAGAAUCAUGUGUGUUCCUCGAGUGUACAACCCACAUUUGAGUGACAAAUGACGAGGACAACCUAUAAAAACAACUAGGCGCAAGUCUACCCGAAUCCAUUUCCCUCCGUGUGUGUGUGUGCGUUUUCAACUAACUUUGGGAACUCGUAGACGCGGCGUCGUGCCCCUGGCAGCCUCGCCUCCACUUGGGUUUCCCGCGCCCUACCGGCCCGCUUCCGUACCUCCUUUUCCCCAGGCUAAGGAUGGAGGAUCCUUUCAACCCCUCAACUUUCUCGCCGGCAUCCAACGUCUCCGUACCUGUCUCUCCUGGCUGGGGUCUCAACUUCACUUCCGGACAGGGGACCCCAGCCCCCGGGCCGCCGCCGCCGCCGCCUCCCGGACCACCCAGCCGCGGCAUCCGCCUGGUCUUCCUGGGGGUCAUCCUCGUGGUGGCGGUGGCCGGCAACGCCACGGUGCUGUGCCGCCUGUGCGGGGGUGGCGGGCCCUGGGCGGGUCCCAAGCGUCGCAAGAUGGACUUCCUGCUGGUGCAGCUGGCCCUGGCUGACCUGUACGCUUGCGGAGGCACCGCGCUGUCGCAGCUGGCCUGGGAGCUUCUGGGCGAGCCGCGCCGGGCAGCGGGAGACCUGUCGUGCCGCUUCGUGCAGCUGCUGCAGGCGUCUGGCCGCGGCGCUUCUGCCCACCUAGUGGUGCUCAUUGCCCUCGAACGCCAGCGCGCAGUGCGCCGCCCGCAGGGCCCGCCGCUGCCCGCGCGCGCCCUCGCCGCGCUGGGCUGGCUGCUGGCACUGCUGCUGGCGCUGCCCCCCGCCUUCGUGGUGCGCGGGGGCGCCCCCUCGCCGUCUCCUGCCGCGCCCUUGGCAGCCAGCACCUGGGCGGGGGAGCGUCGCUGCCGCGACAUCUUCGCGCCCCUGCCGCGCUGGCACCUGCAGGUCUACGCGCUUUAUGAAGCCGUCGCGGGCUUCGUGGCGCCGGUCGCGGUCACGGGCGUAGCAUGCAGCCGCCUGCUCUGCGCCUGGUGGCAGCGCCUGCCCCAGGCCCCACGGCCUUCAGCGCCCUGGUCGGCGACUCCUGGCCGAGCCCCUGCGCCCUGCGCGCUGCCCCGCGCGAAGGUUCAGAGUCUGAAGAUGAGCCUGGCGCUGGCGCUGCUGUUCGUGAGCUGCGAGCUUCCCUACUUCGUCGUCCGGCUGGCGGCCGCGUGGUCGUCCGGACAGGUGGGAGACUGGGAGACCGAGAACCUGAUGGCGGCGCUGCACCUCGUGGGGGUGGCCAAAAGCGCUCUCAACCCCUUCGUCUACCUCUUUUUCCAGGCGGGCGGCCGCCAGCUCCUGAGGCGGCUGCGAAGGUGCCUGGGCGCAGCCUGCUGCUCGUGGGAGGGAAGAGCGGAGGACGAUGAGGGGGCCGGGGACCACCAAGCGCUUCACCGCCACCGCUGGCCCCACCCCCAUUACCACCACGCUAGACGCGAGCAGCCGGUGGAGGGAGGCUUGCGCCCACCCCCGCCGCGCCCCCGGCCGCUGCCCUGCUCCUGCGAAAGCGCGUUCUAGUCGCUCGAUGGCCAGACGGGUCAUCUGUCGCCGCCACCCAGCCUCCACGGAACACGCGGCUGGCCCAGGUCUAUCUAGAUCAUACCGGGCAAGAGAGUCCCAGACAUUGACCCUGAAGCUGUCCCCAGCCUACACUCAAUUUCUUUCUAAUGUUUACAUUUCCCUACACUUUUCCAGUUUCUUCUCUCCCCUUUGGUUCUUCUCACAUUUCCCAGUUCGGAGACGAGAGUUUGAGCAGCUGGGAAGUUGUAAAAAACAGUCAAAGACACAGUUAUUUUUUGCAGUUCUCUUUGACGCUCCCAUAGUGUUCUGGAUAAGAUCUUUUGGUUUAGCUGAAUUGUCAAGCUUUCAUUAUUUGCUGUGUUAUCAUCCGUUUUUUACUUAUUUUGAAUCGUGUUUAGAUCAAGUGUACCUUUGAGACCAGAGAAUUUGCCUUUCUUUCCAGGAGGAAAAUUCCCACAGUGCUCUCCCUGAGGGGCCUGGAAAUUGUACCAGUGAUACUGUCAGAAAUGUAACCACGCUGUCACUGCAGAGCCACAGAGCAUUUGUAAAAUAAAAACA